GUACAUACAUACUACUACCUAGUAGUGGUGAUUCAAUGUUACAAGGAUGUCCACUGUCCACCGCUGCCCAGUGAGAUACUAGGUAUUGCCCCGUAAAUAAACAUUCCGAUCCCCGGAUUUACUUGGAAUAAAUAGCAACCAACACAGCAACAUCCUACGCACCUCAUACCUUACAUGGCAGCAUUCGAAAGACUUUACCAAGGUGUUAGGCAUAGCUCUAGGAUACCGACUACGGACAUCUCAUCACUUAGGCAAGCCCGGAAAGAUGACGUACCUGGUUGACUGAAUCUCCAACGCCGUCUUUUCAAGAGAUCGAAUACUUCGAGAACAUCAAGAACAUCGAAUACACCGAAUACAUCGAAUACAUCGAAUACAUCGAAUACAUCUUGGUCGAGACCGAAUCAUACUCAUUGCACACUCAUUGCUAUCUUCUCAAUCUCUUACCUUGGCAAAUCCAAUUUCACCUUCUGAAACUUCCCGAUACAGAUGAAUCAUUCGUAUAGCUAGUUCUCAACCAUGUCCUUCCUAUUCUCACGGGCAAGAACCAGGACCAAUACCUUGGAUCUGCCCAAGCAAGCAAGAGACAAUGUUCUCAAGCUCGACGCUCCCGGCAAAUCCGAGGAGCUAGCCAAGGUGCUCAGUCAGAUGAAGCUUAUACUGCAAGGCACACCAGAGGUGGAAAGCGCCCCAGAACAAGUAUACCAGUUAGUCACAGGCCUGAUAGAAGAGGAUCUACUUCUCUUACUCGCUCAAUACCUACAUCGCCUCCCUUUCGAGUCCCGCAAAGAUACCCAAGUCAUAUUCUCCUACGUCUUCCGCUUCCGACCCCCCACAGCAUCGCCCAAGACCGAUCCCGUCGCGCUGAGCUACGUAGUUAAUAACAAGCCGCAAAUCCUGCUUGAGUUAUGUCGGGGCUAUGAUCACAAAGAAAGCGCGACGCCUGCCGGCACCGUACUCCGCGAAGUCCUCAAGUCUGAGGCGGCUGCUGCUAUCAUAUUAUAUGAUGAUGGAGAGGAACCUGGGUCGAGUUUAAAGGGUGUCACGGCUAUUGACAGGGAGCGACCUCAAAGUGGCAAUGGUGUCUUUUGGCGAUUCUUCGAUUGGAUCGACAAGAGCUCGUUCGAGGUUGCUGCUGAUGCAUUCACCACAUUCAGGGAACUUCUAACAAAGCACAAGGAACUUGUGCCGCGAUACCUCUCUAUCAACUUUGAACUCUUUUUUGACAGGUACAACCACAUCCUGGUGCAGUCCAACAGUUACGUAACGAAGCGGCAGUCGAUCAAGUUGCUGGGGGAGAUAUUAUUAGACCGGUCCAACUACAAUGUCAUGACCGCAUACGUAGACCGCGGGGAGCAUCUCAAGAUCUGUAUGAACCUCCUCCGCAGCGAUCGCAAGAUGGUGCAGUAUGAGGGAUUCCAUGUUUUCAAGGUCUUCGUGGCCAAUCCCCACAAGUCCAUCGCCGUCCAGAAGAUCCUGCUCAUGAACCGCGACAAGCUCUUAAAUUUCUUGUCACACUUCCUCGAGGACCGCACCGACGAUGAGCAGUUCAUCGACGAACGUGAAUUUCUGAUCAAGCAGAUCCGAAAUAUGCCGCCAAAUCCCGUCCCGCCUACUCGCCAGCUGUCUCAGGCUGUUUAGGGGAAUGGUCACCGUUAGUCGAGUUCUACAUGAACGAGUCAUACCUAGUAGCGUGUGGGCGAAGCCAGAUUAUGGAGUUUUGUUUUCAAGGGCCUUUA